UUUUAGUUAAAAAUGGAGUCUGCGAGUAUGACUUCUACCAAAGAAACUUCUACUUCUAAUUCUCACAAGGAGAUCAGGAAAUACUCCUUACGAGACAAGAGUAGGACUGCCCAACGCAUCCUUUCGAAUCAAGAGAUACAAGAAAUAAUGGAUAUUGAAAGAGAGUCGACUGGGUCCGAAUCCGAUACAGAGUUUAAUGAAAGUAAUGUACUAGAUCAAAUCGAAACUAACGUGGACGAUAUAGCUGGAUAUAGAGAUAUAAUACUUCAGUCUAUCUCAAAAGGUCAGUCAAUGAAUUCUGAGACAAAUGUUACGCCAGAACCAGUAUUUCUGAAGAAUCUAGGUCAGAAUGGAUAUCGAGAAGAAAGUUCAUCUGAUUCUGAUGAGGAAACGAUAUCAGGCGGAAGCAGCUCUAAUCGGAAUAGGAUGGCUAGCACCCCGAAAAAUGGAAGUGGGAAGAGGCGUAAGAUAAGUAAACCUCUCCUAGCUCUAACUCACGGCAGAAUGAACUCGAUCAUUAAAAUAUGUAAACAAGAAGUUGGACACAAUGUGAAAGUUACGGAGACUCACAUUAUGAAUGCCUUUAUAGAACAGGAGAACUUGUUAUUGGAUUCCGAUCACAAAAGGGUCUCAAGAUGUGCAAAAAACAGGAUUGUGGCGUAUCGGAAGAAACUGAGUGAUUUAAAAACGAAAAAAAAAAAACUACCCGCCUUUGGAUGACGUUGUAUUUGAUCUGAAGGGAAAUGUAAAUCCAGUAGUCUCCCGUGGCCCAAGGUGUCAAUUUUCUGAAAUGACUCGUGAAGGACAAAGAAAACGAAUAACAAAAAGUUUUGACCGAAUCCAAAACUCUAUAAUUCAGAUCUGUGAGGAAGACGAUAUUCCUCAAGCUGAAAAAGAAGUAUUGCAGUGAAAAUAUUAAAAAGGGUCCAUCCGGGAUUGAAACUCUUGCUCACAUGGUACAACUCAACGCCACCAAGCGAACUUCGAACGGCAUCUCCAAAUUUACAAAGAAGUUCGGGUUGUAUGUACCUGGAGAAAGAGUUAUCCGCAAAGAAAAGAAGAGGCGCCUGCCAGGCUAUCAUAUGGACAGGUUCAUUGACACAGGGAAUGAAGAAAAAUUGCCGGUUGGGGUUUUUGUAAAGCGGCGGCAUAUGGUUCUUCUUACCAUUAAACAGCUCAUCGAGCUUAACAAGAUAUGUGUCAGGGACACGCCUCCAGACACCAAUCUUAUCCUUCACAUGCAAUUUAAUCAGGGAUUUGAUGGUGCCAGUUCGCAUCCCCAAAUUUUUGAUCAAGAAUCCAUAAAACUCUCAAAAGUGGGUCAUAGUCUGAAGUCAUGCCAGACAUUUGCGAUAGUCCUAAAAACUUGUUCAACUGCCGUAGAAAAUGACUUGGGCGACGGUAAAAAUGACGCGACUCCCAUGAAAGAGCUGUACAAAUGCACCAAACCAAACUCAUAUAAAAUUAUGAAGGUGUUAAGUUUGGUCAUGGAAGCAGAGUCUGCAGAUCUCCAAAAAUUCCUAAUGGAGAAAUACCCCGACGGAAAGGAAGUUUAUACGUUUAAAAUGGGCGAGAGGAAGGUGAUAGUGUACAGUGAGUACUCGACAUGCAUGGUGGACGGGAAGUCGCGGAAGGCUAUGAUGGGUAGAGGGGGGGCAUACUGUUACCACUGCAGCACCACGAUAGAAGACUACCACACCCCAGCAGGAGUGAGGGUUGAGGUACGAUUUUUUGUUAAACUUUGACUUUAAGCUGUGAUCAUUAAGAUUUGAUUAUUGAUGCCCUAAAAUUAUUCAUUAUUUACUUACUUCGCUGUGUUUAUCCGUGGAGCCGGAAGUGUCAUCAGAUAUCAGACCAUCUGGAUGGCGAGUAGUCAACUGCAGUGAGUUUGACCAACUGCAGCUGUAGCCGGUGACCGGAGGGUUGUCCGGUAUCAAAGCAAGAAAGUUCGACAAACUACACAAAGGAUGUAUCAGCCUUUACUGUGUGAGGCACCUUGUCUGUGUGACUGUGAGGCACUGUUAUCUUAAUAACACACGCGGGGCGUCGUUAUUAUUUCAGGACUCUUUCAUUGAAUACAACACAAAAGAAAAGAUGGGGGAGUACAAAAAGUAUUUAGCAGCUAAUGGACUAAUCGAUGUAAGCGAAAAAAGUGGUGAAAGGGACGGUUGGACACAAAUACCUUAUGGUCUCCCGGAAGGCGUGGUCGUUACCCAUGCUUCUCUUAAUAUCGCUAAAUGGGUGGUUCAACUUGCUACAAAAGCAAACAUUUAUUCGACUCAGUCGUAUACAGGAACUAAAACGUGGGAGAUGAGGGGAGAAUUUCUAAAAGCUCAGUUCAAGAUUGAAGAGGACAAAAUUCUUGUCGCGUUAAAGCAAGGACCGCAGAGGCUGACGUUAAAGGAUGUUGGACAUGGGAAUACGGGUAGUGGUCUUACAGGAAAUCACGCGAAGAAAUUCCUUUGUUAUGCCUAUAGCGUCCUACCGCCACUUUUGAAAGACGAAGGCGAUGGAAAAAAAGUGGGGAAGAUCGCGGAGCUCCUCUAUGUAGUCAUUAGAGUCCUUAACACGGGGAAAGAGAUAGAUCUGACAGUUUAUAAACAUUUAUGCCACACGAUCGGUAUACUAGUAAUAAAUCAUUUUCCCUGGGCAAGAAUGAAUGAAACAUUACAUGAUGUUCUGGCACACAGCUGGGAAAUUAUAAAGAACAACAAAUGUCGUGGCCUCAAAAAUAUGUCGGAGGAGGGAAUAGAAUAUAUGCAAAAAGAUGUCCGAAAUAUAAGGAGUUCCCGGUCUUGGCUUGGAAACUACGCCAAAAAUCUGGGCCAGACACUAGAAACAUCGAUUUUGCGUGGCGAUCUGUUCCUAAAUCACAUUGUUGAAGGAAUUCCUAGAGCAAGUUUAAAAGAGGGACGGCAUAGUAACGGUAAACUUAAAAAGAUCAAGUCCUUAUAUCCAGCCGACGUUAUAAGUUCCUCGGAGUUAGGCGGGCUAAAUUUCUUGAAAAAGGCCAUUAGAGGAUUUACAGAAUCCAGCGAUGAAGAUGACUGAAAGUGAAGAUGUACGUGCUAAGUCAGUCAACACUCGAAUUUAAACAUUUUAAAAACUGUAUCGACGAUUUGAUAUGAUAUUGUAAGAAUAUGAUAUUUCAUUGCAUGCUUUAGUUAAGAAUUGGGUUAGGGCUUUACAUUCUUCUUUCUCGGAGUCUAUAGUCGAUAUCUUUAAACAUAGAUAUCGACUACAGACUCCGAGAGUCUGAAAGCUCUGUUGCCAUCACCCCUGGUGCAACCCCGUCGGGUUAAAGACGGAGAGACAGGGACUUCCAGGAGAUAUCAUGGCCUCAUGCUAUGUGCAACUCGUAGGAGUAUGCAGUGUUCCUGGUGGGUGUUACUUCUAAAUCUGCUAAAUGGAAUCAUCAAACAGUGGAUACACAGUUGCCUAGGUACUGUCAUAAGCGGAAACUUGUCUCUGGCCCUCACUUAAGUAUUUAUAUUUCGAACCACACAGUGUCCAUGUCCUGCUCCUGAAUAUUUCCAUACCUGUAAUCAUGUAACGUCACUGCAGACCGCUCCUAUAUCCUUGCAUUCAGUUUCCGAACCCUAACCAAAUCCUGGGUUACUCUAAACGUGGUCAGUGGUAGCCUGUGAGCGUGUAAGCCGCUCCUUUAUUGUUUAUAUAUAUCGGUAUUUUGAUUGUCCGAUCCAAAAUUAAAUCGUGGGUUCCCACGAGACGUGGUAGCCUGUGAGCGUGUAGACCGAUCUUCUUAUAUCGUUGUUUUGAGUGUCCGAUUCAAAACCAAAACUUAGGGUUACAUGAUCAUGAAACUUGGAGCCUGUGAGAGCGUUAGUUUCCUGCGGAAGGAGUUAUUUGAUCAUGCUUGUGGAAAGAGCAGUUAUGCUCUAAGGCCAGUAGAAGUUAUUAAAACAUUUCCUUUGUUUUAGAGAUGGGUAGUCUUUACCUUUGCGUAGGUUAUAUUGUUAGAAACACGUACCUACGCAUAUAAGAUUGCGCGCGUCACGCGCAUUUUGUUCAAUUUAAAGUCAAUGAUUUUACCAAUCUAGUAUAAUUUGUAUGUACCUUUGAUGAACGUUUUAGUUCUGAAUAUUUUCCUGCCUAUACUUGAAACUUUGACUGUAUUGUUAAUUAGAAAAUUUCUGAUCAUUUCGUGUAAAUAUGCCCAUUUAGUUUUACUUAUUUCAUAUGUUA